GGGAAUAUCAAUUUACUGUUUGCCUGUUUUAGCUGUUACCAUGGCAGAAGCUCAUCUAUUAUUAAUCAUUUGGGUGUCUAGUUUUUGUACUCGGGGUAUUUUCAGUUCAUUUUGACACGUCAAUGGGGAUAUUAUUGUUUGAUAAUUGCAUACUACGAUGGCUGAGGCUGAAAGAGCACGUCUGGCUUUUCUGAAUGGGAUGUGAAACAUGUGAGACAUUCUUGUAUUUCAAUGGAGGGGCCAAAAGUGAAACAGGAGAAAGAAAAGGCUGGGAAGACAGUUAGGUUUAGAGUAGCAUCUGCCAACAGCGGCCGGAUCUUAACGGAGGUGUUCAAGGAUGAAACGGCCUGGUUUGGGUCGGUGUCAGACUCAGUGGACUCUGACUGCACCAGCAGCCCAGAGGCAGAGCAGGGGAGCCCACCUCCCAUCAGUGAGGCCAACAGCCAUCUGAGCGGUCUGGUGGUGGAGACUGUUCAUGACGAGAAUGGCUCUGAACCUGAUGACCUGCUUUUGUACGCCAGUGCCAAGAGGGAGAUGCUCUUCACCAACAAAAGGAUCAAUAUCUGCAGCAAAAAUGGGACCAUACGAGGAGUGAGGAAUAAAGUGAGCGCAGGCCAAGUGCUUUUCAACAACCUGUCCAACAUGUACGCCGAUUCCCUUCGUCAACAGAACAGUAGACCCUGGGAAAAGGAGUAA